AUGAAGCCCACAAUCCAAGCUCUGAGAAAGGUUUUUAACUUUGAAAUACUACCAGAAUCAUACUUUGAUGAACAAAGAAAGCAACUUCUGGAGAACUCAAAAGAAUUGAUACCAGCAGUAGCCCAAUAUAUUCUAAUUACAGAACGAGUGAAGCUAGUGAACUUGAGAGAAUAUAGAAGAAUUCUAAAUAGAUAUUAUGUUCUGGAUAAGAAGUUACCUGAAGCAUACUUCAACCUUCCUCCUUCUAAACCAAACCUACCAGCAACCUCACAAGAACUAAAUAAAAAAAUCAAAUACAUGUUUCCAUUCUACCCAUACAAUCAAGACCACUUUAGGAAAUAUGUAAAUAUAUUAAGAAAGUACUACACAUUUAAAAGAGUACCCAACAACUUUAUCAUAGCAAAAAGAAGACUUCCACAAAACCCCAAGAACUUAUACUUAAAAACAACAUUCACUUUUCCAAUCAACAGUAAAGAAAAAGCACUUAAUUUCAUUCAAGAGAUACCAAAGGAAUAUAAUAUACCUUCUGCAUUCACACCAGAAUACAUGAGCGUAAAUCCCACAGAGAAACCUAACCUUCUCCAAGACUAUAAAGAAAUAGAAGGAUUCAAAAUAAUUAUUCCAAUGACCUCUAUAGAACAAGUAGCAGAUACAGCAAGAAAAUUAAGGACCAAAUAUUACUUCUACAGAAUAUCAGAAAACUGGAUCGAAAUUGAAGAAACAUAUAGUAACUUACUAUACAAUAUUAACAACUUACCAAACACUAUUGAAGAAUUAAAAGCAGAAGUGGAAAAAAAACAGUUAGAGCUAGUUAAUACAAUACCUGUAGUAAGACACGAUGAAACAGAAGCAGUUAUGAAAUAUUUAAUUUAG